AUGGACUCCACACACCCUGACGAUCUCACUGUUGGGGAUGUGUUCACUCCUCAGGCUGACAGUGCUCAGCCCUUCGGAGAACACCCGACCAAUCAACAGGGCCCGGAUGUCCACAUGGGAGGCCUGUCAUCACAUUUCAAGAUGGUCAAUGCUGCAGCCAAUGAGGAUGCAAUGAAGCCACCCGCUUUCGAUGCAAACUUACUUACUGGAAAAGCGCGCCGGAAAGCGAAAAAGAAGAAGCAGGCAAACCAGGCCGAUCCCGCUCGCUCAACCGUACACGGCUCGCGUGUUAAGAGCUCCCGUCCCCCUACUGUAGGAGGGUCUAGUCCUCGUGGGCUUCCGGCGGGUCAUGGAGUGAGCGCAUUAAAGCUCCAACUCGAUUCGCUGAGUCUUGCUGGAAAACCAACCGCGGGCACUAGCGGACUUUGCUCCGAGACCCCCAGCAACGCGAGUGUAUACUCCGACAGUGAUCAAACCGAGGUUCUGACAAGCUAUGAAGUACCUCUCGAUCAGGACUUCGUGAGCCCUGAAGCUGUAGACGGCGAUGAACCGGCUGGUACGGAGACGGGUGCCGGCGCACAGGAAAUGGACAUGCGAAGCAAGCUUUGCCGCAAGAUGACGGCGGAAGACUUUGAGCCCAUACUAUGCCUUGGAAAAGGGUCAUUUGGGACUGUGUUGCUGGUGCGACAUGUCGUUACGGGCAAGCUCUACGCCCAGAAGCAAUUCCGCAAGGCUUCGAUAACCGUACACAAGAAGCUUGUCGAACAGACCAAGACCGAACGCACAAUUCUGGAGAGUGUUAAUAGACAUCCAUUUGUUGUUAAGCUUUUCUAUGCCUUCCAAGACCAUGAGAAGUUGUACCUGAUCUUAGAAUACGCCCAGGGAGGUGAGCUGUUCACUCAUCUUGCCAUGGAGCGCAUGUUUGAGGAAGAUGCCGCGGCCUUCUACAUGGCAGAGAUGGUGCUCGCAUUGGAACAUCUGCACCAGAACGUCGGCGUUUUGUAUCGCGAUCUCAAACCCGAGAACUGUCUCCUCGACCGCGAGGGCCAUCUACUUCUCACUGACUUUGGUCUCAGCAAGAUUGCUCUCAGCGACGAUGAUCGCUGCAACUCAAGACUCGGUACAAUCGAGUACAUGGCUCCAGAAGUUAUCCAGAGCAAGCCAUACGGCAAAGCGUGUGACUGGUGGUCCCUAGGUGCUCUGGGCUACGAUCUUCUCACUGGUUCUCCUCCAUUCCGCGCAAACAAUCACACCAAGCUCCAGGAGAAGAUCAUCAAGCAGAAGCUCGUCAUGCCCUAUUUCCUAGGCCCAGAUGCUAAAGAUCUUCUCAUUCGCUUGCUUCGCAAAGACCCAGCUAAGCGCCUGGGCUAUCAUAUGCCUAAGGAUUUGAUCACUAUCAAGAAACAUCGUUUCUUCCGCAAGAUUGACUGGGCUGCUCUUGAGCGCCGUGAACUCCAGCCCCCGAUCCAACCCAUCGUCACUGAUCCGGCCCUUGCAGAGAAUUUCUCGGGUGAUUUCACAAGUCUUCCUCUUAGUCCUACUGUUGCAAAUGGCUUCGAUGACUUCUGUACGUCGCCUUAUGCUUCUGCGAAUGGUCGAGCCAUGUCCAAGAAGGAUCUUGAGGAUGAGCAUGGGCAUAGCGAGAGCAAUCCAUUUGGUGGAUUUAGCUUUGUCGCUUCGAGCAGCUUGCUUGAUCAUGGACUUGGUGUCAUGACAGCUGGAUACUAG